AAAAGAAGCUGAAUCUGCUAAGAGGGAAGCUAUGAUGCAUCAGGCUGCACUCGGAAAGGCCACGAAUGUUCAUUGGAGUGAUGACACCAAUAAUAAUUCUAUACAGUUAACAAAAGAUAUUCAAGAACUAGAGAAAAACAUUUCUGAACUUGCUAAAGUUAAGGGUAGAAAUUAUAAAAUCAAUGAAGAAGGUGCGUUGGAAUUAUUACAAAAAUAUAAUAUUCAAAUUAAACCCGAAGAUAAACAAUUUAAAUUAAUUUUGAGCUCUGCACUUCAAAGAUUAGUUGUAGAGUUUAUUUUUGAUAUUGCGAAGAAUUUAUGCAACAAUUUAGAUAAAAAUGAUGAUGAUGAUAAUCUAGAGUCAAAUAUCAUAUAUCAUACUGAAGAAUUAGUUAAAUAUUCAUCUAGACUUGUUAACAAACGUAAGGGAGAUGAUAAAAUAUCAAAUGUGACUCCUAUAAAAAUUCGUCAGCAAAGUUAUGCUAUGCUCACAUUACGUGGUUUCGUUAAUGAUCACCAUUUAAUCAGAGAACAAGUUAAUAAGCUUAUAAAGAAGAUAGAGCAAUAUCGUGAUAUUGUUAAUAGUGAAAAACAAAAUGAAUUUAGAGUAGAAACAGAAAGUUUGAUCAGGUCCGGUAUUCAACUUUACUUUAUCUUGAAAACUCAAGAACCAGUUCCUGAAAUUAAAUGGUAUGAAUUAGGAAAUCCCAUCGAAAAACAUGUAAUGAAAGGUCAUUGGGAACAUGGUGAAGAAAAAGGGUUUGAAGUGAAUUUAUGUUGUUUCCCUGCGAUCAUCGCUCACGACACUGUUUACCACCAAGCUAAUAUUAUAGCUCAACCAAAGCCUCCAAAACCUAACCUUGUAAAGCGUGUGUCCAAUGCAGUUGUCAAUACUGCCAGGACUGUUAUGAAUCAUUAG